AUGUCCGACAAAGUUUCAGUGGACUUGUACGUGAGGCCCACGUUUCAAGAUGCACAGGUCGCACGUAGAGAAAUCGAAAAGGGCAAAGCUUCGGGACGUUUGUGCGCUGUGCGGUUUAGAGCUUGGGAGCAAAAGUGCCUGGAGCGAUUGGGUAGAACAAUCCAUCGCAAAACUCAUGUAUUCUUCUUCCCACUGUUGUUGGGCCUCGGACUUCUGUUGGCUGGAUUCAAAGCCUUCGACAAGAACUCUCAAUUUGAUCAUCUAUGGGUUGAGUCGGGAGGCCGUCUGGAAACGGAAUUGCGUUACUCAGAAUCGGCGCUUGGCGAAACGGAAAGCGUCAUACAUUUGUUGGUCACACAGACAGCCAAAGAGGCUACUUCUCCGGAAGUGCCUCAACAGCGGCUUCUUCAUAGAAAAGCGUUACUCGCCCACCUGCAGCUCCUUAAAGCCGCUUCUCAUGUCACGGUCAAUCUUUAUGACGUGACAUGGAGUCUCAAAGACAUAUGUUUGUCACCGAGCCCACCAGAUUUUGAAGUCCACUAUAUAGAUACUAUAUUUGAAAAUAUGAUGCCUUGUGAAAUAAUUACUCCUUUAGAUUGUUUUUGGGAAGGUUCCAAACUUUUGGGUCCAGAAAAUCCUAUAACAGUCCCUGGUGUUGGAAAUGGUAUUAAAUGGACUAAUUUAAAUCCUCAAAGUUUAAUGAAAUCUAUUAGAGCCAUGGGAGACACAAAUUUUCCAUUUGAUAUGUUAGAAACCUACAUGAAACGAGCAGGAAUCAAUUCGGGUUACCAAGAUAAACCAUGCUUAGAUCCGGAAGAUCCCGACUGUCCAGAAACAGCACCGAACAAGAAAUCAAAAAAAAUCCCUGACAUUGGAGCAGAAUUGGCCAAUGGUUGUCAUGGAUUUGCUAGUAAAUAUAUGCACUGGCCUAAAGAGUUACUGUUGGGUGGUAUUACUCAAAAUAAAACAGGAUAUAUCCAAAAUGCCGAAGCAUUGCAGUCAGUGUUUCAACUAAUGGGUGAAAAGGAGUUGUAUGAAUUUUGGUUACAAAGCUACAAAGUAUUGCAUUUUUCAUGGGACCAAGAGAAGGCCGCGUUGGUCCUCAAAAUGUGGCAAAAGAAAUUUAAUGAGGAAGUUAGAAGAGUGCUUAAAACCGCAGCAAUGGUUCCAUACGAUUUUCAUACAUUUUCAACAAUGUUACUAAAAGACUUACUUAACCAAUUCAGUUUUUUGGACCCUAAAUUUAUUUAUAUUGGAUGUGCAUUAAUGCUACUUUAUGUUUCGUUUAUGCAAAUAAAUUUAUUCGACCCUGUCAGGUCUCAAGCAAUCAUUGGAAUGUCUAGUCUCCUAUUAAUAAUGUUUUCGAUUGCAUCUGGUAUUGCUUUUUGUUGUCUUAUUGGAAUUCAAAUACAUUCUGCUACUAUAGCUGUUGUUAUUUCAAUUGCAACGGCAUUAGGAGUAAACAAUAUGUUUUUGUUGAUGUUCAGUUAUGACCGAGUGUCAAGUCAUGGAUUUGAUCAAGCUACUCAAAAAUACACUUGUCACUUGGGUAAAAAACAAGUAGGAAUGGUGUUGAAAUCUACAGGAACAAAUAUACUUAUGACAUCUUUCAUCACCAUAGCAAUUUUUAUUACUGCUGCUGUUGUGCCAAUUCCUGCAUUGCGAGCAUUUUGCUUGCAGGUUGCUAUAUUGGCAAUGUUUGUUUUGGUUACUACACUUUUAGGUGUUACUUCUCUUAUAAGCUUUGAUGUGCGCAGAAGAAGAAGUGCAAGGAUUGAUAUAUUUUGUUGUUUUCCAUCUGAAGACUUACGAUGGCCAUGUUUCAACAAUAAUAAUAAUUCUCUUGGAACAGCGAGCACAAUUGAUGGACAAAUGCGUCAAUUUACUGAAAAAUCAGAUUCGCCAACUCCAGCAUCUUCAAAUUUAUUACUGAAAGAAUUUAAAGACCCAAAUUCAGAUUGUGAAGACACUCCAAUGAGAAAACAAACAUAUUUUUGUAACUGGAAGCCUAAAGACAUUGCUCUAAAAUAUGUUCAGUAUUUGACAACUGGGGCAUGUCGUAUACGCGUCAUCUUAUUAUUUAUUGCGGUGUUGGGAAUUAGUGUAUGGGGAAUUACCAGAAUUCAAGCGGGACUGACAUUGCCCGAAAUGGUUCCCGAUGGUACUAAUGAGCAAAAGUUUCUUGGAACAUAUGGUCAGAUGUUUGGAUUUUAUAACAUGCAUGCAGUGACACGAGGUGAUUUUGAGUAUCCAACUAAUCAAAGGUUAUUGUAUGAAUAUCACGAUGCGUUCAUGCGGGUUCCUAACAUAUUAAAAAAUGAUAAUGGUGGUUUACCUCAGAUGUGGCUUACAUUAUUCAAAGAAUGGCUGUUAGGAUUACAAAAAGCAUUUGAUAAAGACUGGGCAAAGAAAUGCAUUGAUCAAGAAGGAUGGGCGACAUGUGCAUCUGAAAAUGGUAUUCUCGGUUAUAAGUUACUUGUGCAAACUGGCAACAGUGAUAAUCCGAUUGAUAAAUCAUUGGUAAUGAAUGCUAGGCUGGUCAAUGAGAAUGGCAUCAUUAAUGAAGAAACAUUUUAUAACCUAUUGACUGCAUGGGUAUCUAAUGAUAUACUAGCAUAUGGUGCAUCUCAAGCCAACAUCCGACCAGAACCUCGUCGUUGGACGCACGUAGUCAACGAUUACGAUUUACAGAUCGUAAAAUCAUCGCCAAUAAUUUAUGCUCAAAUGCCAUUCUAUGCUAGUUAUUUGUAUGAAACAUCUAUAAUAACAAAAUUCAUAUCUACAGUACGUGGCAUAUGCAAAAAUUUUGACGAGCGUGGACUGCCCAACUAUCCAUCAGGCAUCCCUUUUGUUUACUGGGAACAAUAUCAAGAACUCAAUCAGUAUUUAUGUUUUUCCAUGUCAUUUGCAUUUUUUUUUUUGUUUUUAAUCUGCGGUUUGUUCCUAUGCAAUAUCCGAGCCGCCUUUAUAACAUUAUUUAUGUCUGCAACACAAGUCAUUCAAGUUUUGGGUUUUAUGGGUUUUGCUUACAUAAAAUUUAGCGCCAUACCCGUUGUGUUAGUAAUUGGUACUGUAGGUACUGGAGCAACGUUCACAAUACACCUUUGUUUGAGUUUUGUCACAUGUAUAGGUGAUAAAAAAAGACGAAUACAUCUAUCUGUAGAUCAUAUGUCUAAAAUAAUCCUUCAAUCUGGAGUUACAUUAUUUAUCGCUGUCAUAAUGCUUGUUUUCCAAAAUAACUAUGUAUCAAGGUCAUACUUUCUCAUAUUAAUUUCUAAUACAGUGUUUGGGUUGUUUAAUGGCCUCGUGUGUUUACCAGUAUUCUUGUCUAUAUAUGGACCACCGCCAGAGAUAACGCCGUUGAAGUAUACUGACCGCAUAAGCACACCAUCACCAGAACCAAUUAGAAGGCGUGCUCGUUAUACCAGCAUUAGGCAAUCGGUACCUCCACCACCAUCCAAUCGAACUCAUCAUCAUCAACAGCAGAAUCGUCACAGACAUCAUCACCAACAACACCAGGGAAAUAAUGGUUUGUCUCGAUCACAUGGUGGACUACACUAUGUUCCUAGAGAUGGAUCAUUAUCCACCAUUGCUGAAGAAUCUGGUUCCUAUCAUUCUGCAUCUAUACCUCAUGUGGAAACAACCAAGUCACAACAGUCAUUAUCAAUAUCACCAUCUCUAUCAAGCCAAUCAGACUAUAGUACAGACAGUGGAUCCGAAAUUGAUGCACCACAACGAACUCAAUCUGUACCUACAGGAUCGACUCAGACUUCCGCGCCAACCAGGUGCAUAGUAACAGCCAAAUUUGAACUUGAGCUCGACGGUAAUAUGAUGAGCGCAGCCGCACAACCAUGUGUGCAUACAUCGUCAUCCAAACAUCAUCACAACAAUCGUCAACCAAAAAGGCAUAAACGCCAUCAUAAUACUCGGUACUGA